AUGCGGUCCUUAUCACCAGCCCUCGCGUCCCUCGCCAAUGUAUUCAAGAUUCCGAUGUCAAUGGCACCGAUUCGCCCGUCAAUUUCCCGGGCGUGCCACGAGACCCUGAACCGCCAAACACAACAGCCCGGCCCCGUCACAGCAGCCCUGCAAUCAGCGUCAUUCUCGACGACAAGCGCAUUGGCCAAGAGAAAGAACGCUUCUGGAGUUGACAAGCGCAUCACUCUCAUUCGUUACUUCCUUCACCACCCUCUCACCCCUCGCCCUCUCCGCUUCUCCCGUAACCGUUACCUCCGUCACUGGACCAUCCACCGUGCCUGGCAAUUGUUCCAGGCUCAACAGCGCCGCAAGCACGAGACCGAGAGGAUGCGCCAGUACCAGAGUAUGCAGGACGCAUGUGAAGAGCUUCGCACCGGCGCUGGUGAUGGCGGCAAGCUGUUCCGUGUGUCGAUGAACAAGAAGGGUAUCUUCACUGAUAUGUUCCCUAUUGAGUAUGCUCGCAUGCAGACUGAGUCCCCUGCUUCUGCUGGGUGGAACCAUGACUGGAAGAGGCCCGGGCAGAAAUAG